AAGAUGGUGGCACAAGUGGCGUUUGGGCCCCUGGGAAGGCGUCGCUGGCAGGGUUCGAGGAAUUUUUCUGUAUGCAGUUCUAGGAGCAGUGCAGCCAAAAAUGGUGGCCUUCUCACCAAUAUGAAGUGGGUACAUUUUUCAAACCUACACGAUGAUGUUCCCAAGGAUUUGAUCAAGCCAAUGAUAACCGUUUCUGAUGAACCAGACACGUUAUAUAAGCGCCUAUCAGUUUUAGUAAAAGGCCAUGAUAAGGCUGUAUUGGACAGUUAUUAAUAUUUUGUGGCACUUGCUGCUAAAGAACUUGGUAUCUCUGUUAAAGUACAUGAACCUCCAAGGAAAAUAGAGCGAUUUACUCUUCGCAAAUCAGUGCAUAUUUUCAAGAAGCACAGGGUUCAGUAUGAAAUGAGAACACUUUACAGAUGUUUAGAGUUAGAACAUCUCACUGGGAGUACAGCAGAUGUCUACUUGGAAUAUAUUCAGCGAAACUUACCUGAAGGAGUUGCCAUGGAAGUUACAAAGACAAAAUUAGAACAGUUACCAGAACACAUCAAGAAGCCAGUCUGGGAAACAAUACCAGAGGAGGAAGAAGAAAGCAAGUCAUAAAGUCUCAAAGUGACCACUUGUGCUGGGAUGUGAAGUGAGCAUGUCAAGUGGAGGGAGUCUCCAGUGAAGACAGUUUAAAGUCACCCUGACUGCUCUCCUGAGGCCUCACGGCCUGAUCAGUAGAAAGCAGGGAUUGGAAGUUUAUGAUACACCAGACUAUCGUGCAGGAACCACUUUAUCUAUUCUUUUAUACAUGUCAUUGUUUCAGUUUGGAUUUUAACAACUGUGAGCAAACCAUUUGGACCACUCUGUACCAAAACAGUCAAAUUCAUAUUUUGUUAUUCCACUGUUGUUCAAUUAUUAGUUUGUACUGAUUGUGAUUUGUAUCAUUUCAUUCAUCUAAAAGUGAGUGUUUCAAAUAUUCCUCACACACAUUUCUUUCUUUUGAGGGACAUAGAAGGAAACUUUGGUUAAUUUAUCACUGAGCAGUUAAAGUUUUGGAUAUUUACCUUAGUGCAGGCUGGCAUAUGCUAGUUUGGGGGUGGUGACCUCCAAGUUUUACCUCAUGUAAGCAUUACAUUCUUGAAAAUUGAUAUACUUUAUAGCAGAUCAAGCACAUUUGUGGCAUGCGCUGAACUGUUCUGUAGCCUGAACCCUUUCAGGGCUGCCUAGAAGGGUCACUAUAAUGGAAUUUGAGCUCUCAAGAAAUUACUGUAUCAUUUCAUUUAUCCUGUAAUUCAUUUAUUCAGUAAGCUUUUCUUUUGUUGACUUUGCACCCAGCACUAUAGUAAAUACCAAACCUUGAAUAGCAAUAACAG